UCCUUGCUGCUUUCGACCCUGGGAAGCAGGAGGAGAGGGGAGGCGAAGAGGAGGAGUAUAGCACAGAGAGGGAGAGUUCGCCUCAACUUCUGCCAAACUUUUCCUCCGACACUGAACCCAACACAGGGCCGCGCGAGAGGACUGCGCGGACGCCACAGAGCGCGCGCGGCGAGACAUCGGACCUCAGGUAGCACAAGAUGGGGCGACUCCUGCUCGUGCUGAUGACCGCCUCGCUAUGGCAGUGGAGCCGUGGCCAGCAGAGAGGACUUUUUCCGGCUGUGUUGAACCUGGCAUCCAUGUCAGAUAUAUCAGCUAAUGCUACCUGCGGUUCAGCGGGUCCAGAGAUGUUUUGUAAGCUAGUGGAACAUGUACCAGGCCAGCCUGUUAGAAACCCCCAGUGUCGAGUCUGCAACCAAAGGAGCACAAAACCAUUUGAGCGUCAUCCCAUAGAAUAUGCGAUAGAUGGGACCAACCGUUGGUGGCAAAGUCCCUCCAUCAAGAAUGGGAUGGAGUACCACUAUGUGACUAUCACACUGGACUUGAAACAGGUUUUCCAGAUAGCCUAUGUGAUCAUAAAGGCAGCCAACUCACCUCGCCCGGGUAACUGGAUCUUAGAGCGUUCAGUAGACGGUGUGACCUUUGAACCCUGGCAGUACUACGCCAUCACAGACACAGAGUGCCUGACACGAUUCAACAUUAAUCCACGGAGAGGACCUCCAUCUUACACCAGAGAUGAUGAAGUUAUCUGCACAUCCUUUUAUUCAAAGAUUCACCCUCUGGAGAAUGGAGAGAUUCACACGUCUUUGAUCAAUGGCCGUCCCAGUGCAGAUGACCCCUCCUCCAGCCUGCUGAACUUCACCUCCGCCCGCUACAUCAGGUUGGUGUUUCAGCGAAUCCGAACGCUGAACGCCGACCUUAUGACUCUGACACUCCGCGCCCACAAGGAUAUUGAUCCCAUCGUCACAAGACGGUACUACUAUUCCAUUAAGGACAUCUCAGUCGGUGGGAUGUGUAUCUGUUAUGGCCACGCUAAAGCCUGCCCACUGAACGCUGUUACAAAGAAGUUUAGCUGUGAGUGUGAGCACAACACAUGCGGGGAGAGCUGUGAUCAUUGUUGCCCUGGUUACCACCAGCAGCCCUGGAUGGCAGGAACCUUCCUCACUCGACAUAUCUGUGAAAAGUGUAACUGCCAUGGUAAGGCAGAGGAGUGCUACUUUAAUCAAACGGUAGCAGACUUAUCACUCAGCCUGGACAUCCACGGCAAAUACAGAGGGGGUGGGGUUUGUAUUGGUUGCCAUGACAACACGGCGGGCAUCAACUGUCAGACCUGUAUUGCCGGAUACUACAGACCUGCUGGGGUGAGAGCGGAGGAGGAGAACCCCUGCAUCCCCUGCUCAUGUGACACACAUGGUUCUGUCAGCCAAUCAUGUGUUGCAGAUUCAAGCCAAGCUACACCCACCCAGCCAGCAGGGUCAUGCCGGUGUAAGGAGGGUUUUGGGGGUCUGCGAUGUGACAGAUGUGCUGUUGGUUAUAUGGGCUACCCGUCCUGUCAGCGCUGUAACUGCAGUGUGGAAGGGAGCACAAACGAUGACCCAUGUAUAACACCCUGCAUGUGCAAGGAAAAUGUAGAGGGAGAAAAUUGUGACCGCUGUAAACUGGGAUUCUAUAAUCUCCAAGGUGACAAUCGCCGUGGCUGCGAAAAGUGCUCCUGUAUGGGCAUUGCCAGUCAGUGCUCUGCCUCCACCUGGACCUAUCAGAAUGAGACCACACUGAUAGGCUGGCACCUGGUUGGAGAUACAGGAGGGCGAGUAUGGUCUGUCCACAGACAGACACCUCCCUAUCUGAGUGUCCGACACUCAGACGUCGUGAAUGAUCUUGGCUCUGCGUACUACUGGAACGCACCUGGACUAUACCUUGGAAACAAGCUUUCAGCCUAUGGAGGGAGUUUGGCCUACACUGUGUCUUAUACUACAGAUCAUCAAGAACAAAUGGGAAUUAGAGUCACCUCAGAAACUGACCUAAUCAUUGAGGGUGGUGGAAUGAAGAUUGUAGACAGAAGGUUUGGCCAGCCGCUGUACCCGUCCUCGCCAAGCACCAAUCGCAUUGUUCUCCUUCCAGAGAACUUCCUGGUUUCAGAGACGGAGCAACUGAUUAGCCGGAGGGAUUUCUUGUCUGUGUUAGCCAAUCUGACCAGUGUGAUGGUCCGUGCCUCUUACAGCACAGAACCCAGCGCUGUGUACAGACUCCACUCGUUCUCAAUGCAGGUAGCAGAUCCCUCUGCCAGAGGAGAGAGGAGAGCACCAGCUGUAGAAAUUUGUUCUUGUCCUCCUGGAUAUGCUGGAACUUCCUGUGAGGCGUGUGUUCCUGGCUUUCGGAGGGUUAAUGGAAAUCUUUACAACGGUGUGUGUGAAGCCUGUCAUUGCCAUGGACACGCUACACAAUGCCACGAGGUCACAGGACACUGCCUGGACUGCUCCCACCGCACCACUGGUCCCCACUGCGACACCUGCCUACCUGGCUACUAUGGUAACGCCACCCAUGGGUCACCUGCAGACUGUCAGCCCUGCACCUGCCCACUCAAUCUUCCUAGCAACAACUUCAGCCCCACCUGCCACCUAGGUGAAGAGGGAGAGUUGCUAUGCGACCAGUGUCAGCCUGGAUACGCAGGACCCCGAUGUGACAGAUGUUCCAACGGCUACUACGGCGAGCCCACUGUACCAGGAGGCUCCUGCCAGCCCUGCGACUGCCAUGGCAACCUGGACUUAUCCAUACCCGGCAGCUGUGAUCCAAUCACAGGCCAGUGUCUGCGCUGUCGGCAAGGUUAUGGCGGUGCGGCAUGCGACAGCUGUGCUGAUGGUUACUAUGGAGAUGCUGUCACAGCAAAAAACUGCCUACCCUGUCAAUGCCAUACUAAUGGCUCGGUAUAUGAGGUGUGCAAUAAGGAGACUGGACAGUGCCAGUGCAAAGAAAAUGUGGUUGGAAGACAGUGUGGUGAGUGCAUGCCUCGGACCCAUGGCAUCGCCACAGGUGGACAGUGCGUCCCAUGUCACUGUAAUUCAUUUGGUUCCAAGUCGUUUGACUGUGAUGAAACUGGUCAGUGUCGGUGUCAGCCAGGCGUCACCGGACCCAAAUGUGACCGCUGCUCACGAGGAUUCUUCAACUUCCAGGAGGGCGGCUGCACACCCUGUCAGUGCAAUCAUGUGGGAAAUAACUGUGAUGCUAACACAGGACAAUGUAUCUGUCCUCCCAACACUAUUGGUGAGAGGUGUGACCGCUGUGCUCCGAACCACUGGGGCCACGAUAUAACAACCGGAUGCAAGGAGUGUGGCUGCAGUGUGAUCGGCUCAGUGACCCAGCAGUGUAACGUGAACACGGGCUGCUGCUUAUGUCGGGACUCCUUCAGAGGAGAGAAAUGCAAUGAAUGUCAAAUUGGAUACAGAGACUUUCCUCAGUGCACCCAGUGCGAGUGUAACGUCUCGGGAUCGGACAGCCAGACCUGUGACCUGGAGAGAGGAGUGUGUGCCUGCGCUGAUCGAACAGGAAAAUGUAGCUGCAAGGCAAAUGUAGAGGGAGACAACUGCGACCGCUGUAAGCCCAACACGUUUGGGUUGUCGAUGCGAAAUCAACUGGGCUGCAGCAAGUGUUACUGUUAUGGGCUCACACACUCUUGCACAGAGGCACAAGGACUGAUCAGGAUGUGGUUAACGCUUAAGCCAGAGCAGACGGUGCUCCCCCUGGUAGAUAAAUCCAACACUGUUGAGACGAGGAGAGGCGUGAGCUUCCAGCACCCGGAGAUCCUCGCCCAUGCAGAGCUCAUCACCUCAGCUCUCUCCGAACCCUACUACUGGAAACUGCCGGAGCAGUUCAGAGGCUCUAUGAUCACAGCGUAUGGUGGCCAGUUGAAAUAUGCAGUGUACUACGAGGCCAGAGAUGAAACUGGUCCCUCCUCCUAUGAGCCUCAGGUCAUCAUUAAGGGCGGUCCCAACCGCAGCAUUGUGAUGACUCACCACGUACCGGGACUCCAGAUUGGUCAGCUCACCCGCCAUGAGAUCGACAUGACAGAGCGUGAGUGGAAAUACGCAGAUGGCCGAUCCAUGACUCGAGAGGACUUCAUGGACAUUUUGUUCUAUGUGGACUACAUCCUAAUUAAGGCAUCACACGGCAACUUGAUGAGACACAGCCGCAUUUCAGAGAUCAGUCUAACAGUGGCCGAGGAAGGCCGACCGACCAAAGAGAGUGAGAAGGCCCAUCAAAUAGAAAAAUGUGACUGUCCAACUGGAUACUCUGGACUUUCUUGUGAGGAGUGCGCUGCAGGUUUCUAUCGUCUUCGCACCGGUUCCAUGACAUCUGCUUCAGCGUCCAGAGUGCCCAUCGCUGCCGGCAUGGGCAGCUGUGUUCAAUGCCAGUGCAGUGGGCACUCUUCCACCUGUGACCCUGAGACAUCCAUAUGCCAGAACUGUCAAGACAACACAGAGGGUGAUCGAUGUGAGCGCUGCGCUCCGGGAUUCUACGGAGUGGUCCGAGGUUUUCCUGACGACUGCAAAGCCUGCGCCUGCCCCCUUACCACCUCAGAGAACAAUUUCAGUCCUACCUGCGUAGCGGAGGGAUUUGAUGACUACCGAUGUACCGCCUGUCCUGAGGGAUAUGAGGGAAAAUACUGUGAGAGAUGUGCCACUGGUUACCACGGUAACCCGAGGAUGCCAGGCGGCCACUGCGAGGAGUGUAAGUGUUCCUUGUGGGGGGCGUUGCCCGGACCGUGUGACCCUGUCACGGGUCAAUGCCGUUGCAGGGUCGGGGCAUCGGGGAAGUCGUGUGACCAGUGCAUGGACAGGCAUGUGUGUGGACCUGCUGGGAUCAUCUCCUGUGAUGAUGAGUGUUCGGGUCUGUUGAUCAGUGAUAUGGACCGCCUGUACCGCAUCAUCACCGAUGUCACUCUGACCACACCCCUCCCACCACCUUAUAAGGUGUUGUACCGCUUCGAGAACAUGACAGAGGAACUCAAGCACAUGUUGUCGCCUCAGAAAGCUCCGGAGAGAUUACUGCAACUGGCCGACUCCAACCUAGGAUCACUGGUUGUUGAGAUGGACCAACUACACAGCAGGGCCACUAAGGUGUCAGCUGAUGGAGAACAGGUUGAGGAUGAUGCUGACAGGAUUCAUAAAGGAGCUGAGACCCUGGAACAGUUCAUCAGGGAUACAUUGCUGGGAGCUAAAGACCUCCAGUCGAAGGCUGGUGAGUUGAACCAGACUCUCUCGCGGAGAGAUGGAACUCCAGACAAAAGCCUGAAGGAGAUGAAGGAGGAGAUCCAGGCCAUGCUAGCAGAGAUGAGAAAACGACAGCUGGGAGGGAAGAAGAGCAUCGCUGAGGAGGAGAUGGACCUCGCAGAGAAGUUAUAUCAGAAAGUCAAGAGGUUGUUCGGUGACCCCCAUCAGGCCACAGAAGACCUGAAAGCAGAGAUCAAAGGGAAGCUCUCAGACCAUGAGGGGAAGCUCCAGGAGGCCGAGGAUCUACUCCACUCUGCCCUGGGAAAGACGAGGCAGGCUGCCUCACUGGCUGAACAAAACCAAGCUAACCUCACAGCCCUGGAGAGGAAGCGCUCUGCAAUCAGUGCAGUGAAACAGGAAGCACAGGAGGUUCUUGGAGAAGGAGAACGUCUCUUGGAUGAAGCAAACCAGCUUUCUGACAACAUCAACAAAGAGAUAGAGGACUUGGAGGAGAUGGGGAGAGAGCUGGGUCCUCUUCAUGAACAGCUGGGUGAUAAAGUCAGUCGCCUCACCAGUGGUUUAAGUGACAGCCUGGCUAAUCACGUGCACGAUGCAGAGGAUCACGCCACGCAGCUGAAUGAAUCUGCUGCUAUUUUGAAUGGUAUUUUGGCUGAAGCCAAAAAUCUCUCCUUCAAUGCAACAGCUGCCUUCAAGGCCUACAGUAACAUUAAAGCAAAUGUCGAUGCAGCAGAGAAAGAGGCAAAGGCAGCCAAACAGAGGGCAAGUGAGGCACUGGCACUGGCUUUAGGUCCAGAGGUCCCAGUAAAGGAUGCAGCUCAGGGUGCCCUUCACAAGAGUCAAAGACUGCUGAACCAAGCUAAACAACUGCAAAAUGAUGUCAACGAGAAUGCAGAUAGUGUGACCGGGCUGAAGGGCAGAGUUAAAGCAGCAAGAGACAAAACCAAAGACCUGCUCAAAGCAGUCAAUGGAACCAUGGCAACGCUCAACGCUAUCCCCAAUGACACAGCAGCAAAGCUAGCAGCCACGAAGGCUGUAGCAGCUGACGCCAAUGCCACAGCCAUAGAUGUCCUCGAACGCCUUGGAGAUUUGAAUCUGCGACUCCGUGGCCUACAGAGGAACUACAGCGAGCUGGAAGACACUGUGAACGCAGCCAAUCAGAUGAUCCAGGACCCCGAGAAAAACACCAUCAUCCAUGCUGCAGGAGCUAAAGUGAAGGACUUAGAGGAUGAAGCUGAUAGGCUGUUGGAGAAGCUGCAGCCAAUCAAAAAGCUGCAGGACAAUUUGAAGCGAAACAUCUCACAAAUCAAGGAACUGAUCAACCAAGCCAGGAAACAAGCUAACUCAAUCAAAGUAUCAGUGUCAUCAGGUGGUGACUGUCUCCGUAGUUACCGCCCUGAAAUCAGGAAAGGGAGGUACAACACCAUCGUCCUUCAUGUUAAAACCACAACACCUGAUAACCUGCUCCUCUACCUGGGAUCUGCCAAAUAUGUUGAUUUCUUGGCCUUAGAAAUGCGUAAGGGAAAGGUGAACUUCCUAUGGGACGUGGGUUCAGGUGUGGGGAGGGUCGAGUAUCCCCAUCACACCAUCCAUGACGGGAACUGGCACAGAAUAGAGGCAUCUCGUAAUGGGUUGAAUGGUACCAUAUCAGUAUAUCCUCUGGAAGGCUCUAUGGCUGGUAUGAUGCCGACCCCGGCCAGCGCCAACUCGCCCACGGCCUACACUAUCUUGGACGUUGACCAGAACGCCUAUCUGUUUGUAGGAGGAAUACUCGGCACUGUCAAGAAAGCAGAGGCAGUGAGAACAACAACAUUCACAGGCUGCAUGGGGGAAACCUUCUUGGAUGGUAAACCCAUUGGACUGUGGAACUACAGAGAGAGACAGGGAGACUGUAAAGGAUGUGUUGUCAGCCCCCAGCGCUCAGAUGGUGAGGGAAUAGUCCAGCUUGAUGGCGAAGGCUAUGCCGCGGUGGGACGACCCACAAGGUGGAACCCCAAUGUUUCCACUGUCACCUUUAAGUUCCGCACUUUCUCCUCUGAGGCCCUGCUCAUGUAUCUGGCUACUGAAGAUAUGAAGGACUUUAUGUCCCUGGAGCUGUCAGAGGGCAAGGUGAAGAUGAACUUUGACCUUGGGUCAGGGGUUGGCAGUGCCAUAUCAGCUCACCGCCAUAAUGAUGGAAGCUGGAAAUCCCUCACCAUGUCGAGGAACAAGAAACAAGCCACGUUGACUGUUGUGGACAUUGACAGCAGUGCUGAGGAGAAGAUAUUGGUCACAUCUCAGGGUUCAGCUACUGGUCUGAAUCUCAAGGAAAACCAGAAAAUCUAUUUUGGAGGUCUGCCGACAAUUGGAAACUACAGCAUGACAGCCAGGUCAGAGGUCACUCUCAGGCGGUAUGCAGGCUGUCUUCGGGAGAUUGAAGUCUCCAGAACUCCCUACAGUCUCCUCAGCAGUUCAGAUUAUACUGGGGUCACUAAAGGAUGUAAUGUAGAGAACCUGUACACAGUCAGUUUCUCCAAGCCAGGAUACAUGGAGCUGGGUGGACUGUCGCUGACAGUUGGCACAGAGAUCAGCCUGUCGUUCAGCACACUGGCAGACACUGGGACCAUACUGUUGGCAGUAGGCGGAGCCUCAUCAAUUAGCCAGCAGGCUCGGAACGCAAACCUCUUCAGCUCCAAGAGGAGACGCAGACAGUCAGGAGAGCCCUACCUCUCAGUCAUGCUGAACAAAGGGUCCCUGGAGGUUUUGGUGUUUACCGGCAGCCACAGUCCAAGUCGUGUCAUCCGACGACCUGAGCAAGGCAUACUGAAUGAUGGGAAGGAGCACUCACUGCGCAUAGAGAGGCUACCUGGCAGAUCCUUUGUGGUUCAGAUUGAUGAGGAGACCAAGAGGGAUGCAGCACUUCCCAAUGACCAGCCACUGAGCUUGCAUCGUAUCUUCCUUGGUGGUAUUCCUGCCGAGGUAGAGCAGACGUCCAACAGAGCCAACGUCCCAUUCCAAGGAUGUAUUUGGAACCUCAUGGUCAAUGCUGUUCUCUCAGACUUCUCCAGACCUGUGUCCUUUGAGAAUGCCGAAAUCGGCCAGUGCCCCAACCUUGCCCCCCCUCCACCUCCACUUCCUCUGCCGGAUGAAGAGGAGCUCGAGAAGGAAAAGGAGGAGUCGAAGCCACUUCGUCCUCCACUGACCCCAGCCCCUGAUACACCACCUCUAGGGCCUCCUACUGAGGCCACCCCACCUGCCCCACCUGCUGCCACACCUACUGCUGCUGCAGCCCCAACCACUGCUAAACAGGACCCCAGCGCCGACCUGGAUUCAUGUGCAUCAGCUGUGGCCCCGACAGCACUCGAGAAGGCGUAUCAGUUUGGACUCACCAGGAACAGCCACAUGAGCUUUGCCUUUGAUGACACCAAAGUCAGAGAGAGGCUUAUACUAGAGUUUGAGCUAAGGACAAAGGAGGAGUCAGGGCUCGUUCUCUACAUGGCGAGAAUCAACCACGCUGACUUUGUUUCCAUACAGAUCAAGAAUGGACAAGUUUGUCUGGGUUAUGAUCUUGGUCAUGGGAACAUUUCUGGCUGCGUUCCCUUCUCCAUCAAUGAUGGGAACUGGCACAAGAUCCGUGUGAGUCGCAACAAGCAGAGAGGUCUUCUUAUGGUUGAUGGACUAUACAGUAAACAAAUGAUCAGUCCAAAGAAGGCUGACCUGUUGGACGUGGUGGGAAUGCUAUAUGUUGGUGGAUUACCACAAAACUAUACUACUAAGAGGAUAGGACCAAUUCUAUAUAGUCUCAAUGGAUGCAUCCGUAACCUUAAGAUGGUGGGAGGUCCUGUGACCACUAAGGGUGCCGCGACAGGUCGCUCUGAGGACUUUAAACUGGACAUGGUCACGCCCACCUCUAGUUAUAUGGUAGGAAGAUGCUUUGUUGCUACUGAGACGGGCACCUAUUUUGACGGUACUGGCUUCCUGAAAGCAGUCUCCUCUUACAGAGUGGGUCUAGAUGUGUCGAUAGCAUUAGAGUUUAGAACCAGCAGAACCAAUGGAGUGCUUUUGGCCAUCAGUAACCAAGCCAACGAUGGACUCGGACUGGAGAUCGUCCAGGGCAAGCUGCUCUUCCACGUUGACAACGGAGCCGGGCGAAUCACCGCGGAGCACGUGCCUGAGGGAGAGGGUUUCUGCGACGGCCAGUGGCACUCAAUCACCGCCAACAAACUUCGCCACAGGGUGGAGCUGGUGGUCGACGGGAAGCAGAGCCAAGCAGAGAGUCCAAAUGCACGCUCCAACACCUGCGACACCAACGACCCCAUCUACGUCGGCGGAUAUCCUAAUGGGGUUCGUCAGGCAGCUCUCUCAACCAGCACUUCCUUUAGAGGUUGUAUGAGGAACCUGAAGAUCACCAAGGCUUCCAAGACCAUGGAUGUGCAGUUCAACAAGGCUCUGGAGAUUAAAGGAGUCCAGCCUCUCUCCUGUCCUGCUGUGGCUGCCUAACGGGUACCAUAGAGCCUCCUCCUUUGUUUCCCCUAAUACCUCUCCAAAGGACCACACAGGUCUAUAAAGGGUGGACUUUACUGGGUUUUGGUCUGUGAAGCUGCAAAGAGUAGAUUUUUUUUUAAUCUAGAAAUAAUCCCAUCCUAUCUACCUGUUACAAAUACAAAUGUGAAAUGUGCCCAAUGUUGGGUGAGCAUUCCCGUGGAAGCCCAGUACCGAUGUUAAAUGAUGUUUUUACAUACCUUAGGUCUCACAGUAGGUAUGAGGCUGUGCGGUCAUAAAUUGACAGCGAGAUGCAGAUUUUUGAAAUUUUCUUUGUAUUUUACUGCAAGCAGAGAAAGACGCGUGGAAAUUUCAAACAUCUUGCUGCUGUUUGGGGCUACCAACAUGCAGAGUUGCCCUGUGUGGUUUUCAAAGAGCGAAACAAAAAACAUCUGUUCUGCAUAAAAUUUGUGCUAUUCACCCACACUUUCAGUAUGAGACCCUGACUUUUUGUACAGAGUAAGACUCUGGUCAAUAAAUCUAUAAUGGCUACAAACUACGGUCUCACAUUGAUUUAAAAUGUUUUAUAGCAGUCCCUCCUGAAGAGGUAGAACAGAGAAUGGGGAGUCAUUCAUUUAUAUUUUAUCCCUGUUACACAAGUUAAUCUGGAAACAGGUGAAAAAUUAAAAUCUAUAUCUUUGUGUGAUUUUUCUACAUUUGUCCUUCAUAAACCUUGUUCCCUUUUAUAGUUAGUUAACAGAGAAAUGAACAUUGUAUCGUCAUUACCUUCUCACCCUCAUUUCAAACAAACCAUAGAUGAGGUUGGACUCAUUUUCAGCCAUCUGUACAACAGAGGUGGGCAGUGAUCAAGUGUUUGGAGUUCUAGAGAUGACCGAGUAAAAGUUUACGCAUCCAGAGGAGCUGUGGUCCACAUGUUCCGUAUUUAUUUCAUUACCAGUAAAGCAAUUGCGUGCGGAGCAUACUGCCAUAACCGAUGACGUGAAUACAGUUAUUAAGAUAAAUAGAUAAAUACAGUAUAAACUAGGGAUGUUCCUAACGACUAAUUUCUCCGUUGAUUAAACGGUCAUUUAAAUUUGGACUAGUCGAAAAGACUCAGAAAACUGUCGAAAUGGAGCACAAUUUAAUCAGGAAUUAAGCAGGAUCACAGCGUCUGCGGCUAAACGAUGUCAUAUUGAUCUGCAGUGCUAGCACCGGCAGCCCUCUUUCCCUGCAGGUUAACGUCCACGUGCCUGGGCUGAAUGUGGUUACGCAUUGCUCCGGGUUUAUUCUGCCACAGCCUCCGUUCAAAUGUAUUUUCAUUUUCUAGAUCAAAACACUAUCAGACUGCGCUGGUUUUACAACCUCUUAGACGCAACAGUUAACUGGCAUUGCACAUUAAUAAUCCGUUUAACCGGCUCAUUUCUGGUGCCGACCAGCGAGGGUAGCAACAUUUAAUCGUUUAGUUGACUAAUUGCGCACAUCCCUCGUAGAAACUAUGCCAGUUAACAGCUUUAUGCUCUUUUGACUUAAUGACUUUAAUUCCAACAGACAUGAUGGUGAGUAGAUAAUGAGAGCAAUUUAAAAUUUGUAUUGGUGCACGUUUUCUUCACCAUGCCGCAAUUUAUUAUCAAUAGAUUGGAUUGAUACAAUGGGAAAUUUCCGCACAAGCUGGAGCUUGUAUUUCUCUUCAGUAAUGUUAAGAUGGCAGAUUGAAGGUACAAGGUUUCUGCGGGACACUGAUGGCAGUUUUUGUUCUGCAUGGUGUGGCUCAAAAUACUUAAGCAGAUGUUUCUGAAAUAUAUUCUUGAUAGCAUCACACAGGUUGUCCUGUCCUUCUUUAAACAGCAGAAUACGAUAAUUAGGAUAUUUUAGGACCAUG